AUGUCCACGCCCAACUCUGAAGGCGCUCCCCGGGAGGGGCGCCCCGGACGGGAGACGAGCGAAGACGGAGAGGAGAAGGAAGAAGGAAAGAAGGACGAGGGAGAAGAGAGCGAGGACAAAAGCACAGAUGAAGAGAGAGAAGACGAGACAGAAGACGAUGCAGAAGCGGAGAACGAGGAAGGAAGAGCAGAAGAGGACGCGCAGACAGGAGGCGGACAAGAAGAGGAAAAAGAGGAGGAAGAGGACGGGAGUGGAUAUGCACAGGGACAAGACAGCGAAGAGGAAGAGAGAGGCGACGGAGGAACAAACCGAGUCUCGGACGUCGUUGACGACGAAGAGAAAGGCAGAGAUGAGGAAGAGACCGAAGGAGAAGCAGGAGAAACUGAAAAAGAGGAAGGAAACGACGUGUGGGGAGAGGGAGAGGAAGCCUGA